UAGAAGCAAACACUUACUGAGCAGAACACUCUUCCGAGAUGGCGGAUAAGGCAGAGAUUAAAAAGAUUUGCAAGCAGUUUGAGGAUGGAACCUACGAGCCUGUGGGAGUCGACAGUAGGUUCCCUAAUCAAAAUCAAACCAGGCAUUGUUACCAGUACUACGUGGAUUACCAUAGAUGCACAAAAGUACGUGGGGAAAAUGAUACGGCCUGCAAGAAAUUCAAGAGAGUAUACGAAACUAUGUGUCCAUUGAGCUGGAUUGAAAGAUUUGAUAACCAAAUUGCGGAAGGAAAAUUCCCCGGAAACAUUUAAUUAUUGAGCAAUGUUAAUUACUUCAUUAUGAUCUAGUAGAAUUCUCUUCAAAAUGUCAGGAUCGUAAAAUCGAAUCUAUUCCUGCUUGUAUAGUUAAUUACUAUUAAAUAAAUUAAGAGAAUAAGUAAG